AUGGAGAUGGAUGAUGGCAAGGGAGGCUCAGGGCUGCGCCAGUACUACCUGUCCAAGAUCGAGGAGCUGCAGCUCAUCGUGAACGAGAAGAGUCAGAACCUGCGGCGCCUUCAGGCACAGAGGAAUGAGCUGAACGCCAAAGUGAGGCUGCUGCGGGAGGAGCGGCAGCUGCUGCAGGAACAGGGAUCCUACGUGGGAGAGGUGGUCAGAGCCAUGGACAAGAAGAAAGUGCUUGUCAAGGUGCAUCCAGAGGGGAAGUUUGUGGUGGACGUGGACAAGAACAUUGACAUCAACGAUGUGACCCCAAACUGUCGCGUGGCUCUGCGCAACGACAGCUACACCCUACACAAGAUCCUGCCCAACAAGGUGGACCCUCUGGUGUCCCUGAUGAUGGUGGAGAAGGUUCCAGAUUCCACUUAUGAGAUGAUUGGGGGCUUGGACAAGCAGAUCAAGGAGAUCAAGGAGGUGAUUGAGCUGCCUGUGAAGCACCCAGAGCUCUUCGAGGCGCUGGGGAUCGCCCAGCCCAAGGGCGUGCUGCUCUAUGGACCUCCUGGCACAGGCAAGACCUUGCUGGCCAGGGCUGUGGCUCACCACACCGACUGCACCUUCAUCCGUGUGUCAGGCUCAGAGCUGGUGCAGAAGUUCAUUGGGGAAGGUGCCCGCAUGGUGCGGGAGUUGUUCGUGAUGGCUCGGGAACAUGCUCCCUCCAUCAUCUUCAUGGAUGAGAUCGACUCCAUCGGCUCCUCCCGCCUGGAGGGAGGCUCAGGGGGAGACAGCGAGGUGCAGCGCACCAUGCUGGAGCUCCUCAACCAGCUGGAUGGCUUUGAGGCCACCAAGAACAUCAAGGUGAUCAUGGCCACCAACAGGAUUGACAUCCUGGACUCGGCUCUGCUGCGCCCUGGACGCAUUGACAGGAAGAUUGAGUUCCCUCCUCCAAAUGAAGAGGCUCGCCUGGACAUCCUCAAGAUCCACUCUCGGAAGAUGAACCUGACUCGAGGCAUCAACCUGCGGAAGAUCGCGGAGCUGAUGCCAGGGGCAUCAGGGGCUGAGGUGAAGGGGGUGUGCACAGAGGCAGGAAUGUAUGCACUGAGGGAGAGGAGAGUGCACGUCACCCAGGAGGACUUUGAGAUGGCUGUGGCCAAGGUGAUGCAGAAGGACAGCGAGAAGAACAUGUCCAUCAAGAAGCUGUGGAAGUAA